GAUCAGAGAUGAAGAGGAAGACGAAAGAUUUUAUCAAAUGAACCGCGAGGAAGCAAUCCGCUGGCUAGAACAAUCCAAGAGUGACUUAAAAAGUUCAAGAUGGUCACUCCAAUCAGGUCCGCCUUUCAACGCCAUGGCCUGUUUCCACAGCCACCAAGUACUAGAGAAAUGCUUAAAGGCCAUGUUUUUUUACUACUGUGGGAUCUCUGGUCAAUUGCUUGGCUCUCAUGAGGUGGAAGAACUGGCAGAUGUGCUCAAGAAAGAAACAGGGCGACCGAACGAGGCAGUCAUGGAAUCGGUGAGAAAAUUACCUAAGUACCGAUAUUAUCUAGGUACUCGGUAUCCUAACUGUCAACCAUUUAACAUCGUUCCAGCCGAAGCAUUCGACAAGAAUGAAGCAGAGAUGGCGGUUGAUGCAGCCACGAAAGUGCUUGGAUAUGUUAAGGACUGUUUGAAAGAGUAG